AUGAAGAAAAAUUGGAGGAUAGAGGUCAAGUUUUCGGGAAAUAGGUAUGUGGUGACCGAUGAUUUGGGGAACAAGUUUGAGGUUCGUACUUCCGGGGCACCACCCGUGCAGGAAGAAGAUGUGGAGAUGGAGGAAGAAGAGGAGGAAGCUGAACCCUCCGAUGCACAAAGACCAGGGCAACGUUACAUGCGGCCACAUAGGGAGAUCAACGCUGAGGUGGCAGGUUUUGUGACCCGACGACGGGUGCCCUCCUACAAAAACUUUGACAGGGGGCAACAGGAGAUAUAUGAUAACGUCUCCGCGUGUAUAGGAGAAGGUCAGGAAUACAAUCAAAGGAGAGAAGCUUGGCAAGGGUCUUACGGAGCUUCAAUGCAAGAAUACUGGGACGCUCAAGGAGCCCAACGUGAAAGAAUGAAUAAGUUCAUGGAAGAGCAAGAACUGUUCCAAGCCAUGCAAAGAUCACACAUGGAACAGUUAGCAAAGCAACAGGAGGAUGAAGCAGCCCGAAGGCGGGUACUUCGAGAUAUUCAGCCAGAAGAAAAAUCAAGGGCUCUUACAGUUAUCUACGACGAUGAAGGAUAUGAUUGGAGCAAAGAAGUUUUACCUGAAGAAGAUGCUGUUGGGUAUGCUUUUGUUGCUGAUGCUGAUCCUGAUAGAUGGUGGAAAGUCGACUAUGCAAGAUGGGAAAUUGGAAAAUUAAAUGAACCUUUCAAAGAAGCCCAGAGAGCCAAACGAUGGAAUGAAGAAUUGGAAUCUGUAACAAAUUUGCUUCCAAGGCAGGCUACUUUCAACCCACGAAGGUUAUCUGAUAAAGCUUAUCUGCCUGAUUUGGAAAAGAAAAUAAGAGAGAUUGCUGCUGAAAAGGAUCAGAAAGCUGAAGAAGAACAGAAAGAAGGAAAAGAAGAGAACAGAGAGGAAAAGAAAGCUGAAACAGAAGAAUUGGUGCUGAAAGAGAUUGAGGUGCUCAUCGGAACCAAAGACUGUGAGAAUCAAAACAGGAGCAGCCUGGUACUUGGAGAGGAGGAAGAGGCUGCUGGACCCUAUGUUGGUUGA